AUGACCUAUCCUAUUGAGAAACAUGUCAUGAUGACUUGGAAAGAAUCUCUUUUCCUCUUUGGCCUAUUAGGCUGUUGCAAUGCCUUGUAUUUCCACAUUGGGGAAACAGAACGGAAAUGCUUCAUAGAGGAACUCCCCGACGACACCAUGGUUGUUGGAAAUUAUAAGGUGGAAUUAUAUGACCCAAGAAGCAAAGGAUUCAUGCCGUCCAACCCUGGGAUUGGGAUGCAUGUUGAGGUCCGGGAUCCCUCUGACAAGAUCAUGAUGUCCAAGGUGUACAGUGCUGAAGGGCGGUUUACAUUCACAUCACAUGAGCCUGGGGAACAUAUAAUCUGCCUGUACUCCAACAGCACCAAGUGGUUCUCUGGGGCUCAGUUGAGAGUGCACCUGGACAUCCAAGUAGGAGAGCAUGCUAUAGACUAUGCCAAUGUGGCCAAGAGUGAGAAGCUGAGUGAGCUUCAGCUGCGCAUCCGCCAGCUCCUUGAUCAAGUGGAGCAGAUUACCAAGGAACAAAAUUAUCAACGGUAUCGAGAGGAGCGAUUCCGUCAGACCAGCGAGUCAACAAAUCAGCGGGUGCUGUGGUGGUCUGUGACACAGACCCUCAUCCUGCUGGCCAUGGGAACCUGGCAGAUGCGUCAUCUCAAAUCCUUUUUCCAAGCCAAAAAGCUUGUCUAAGGUCUCUCACCACAUCAAACGUGUUCCAUGAAUGUUCUUAUCACUGAGAGUGUGUCUGUCCUUUUGAGACCUAGAUGCAAUUUGUGACUGGAAAAGUUAAGUUAUGAAUAAAAGACCUUUAUUGACCACAAUCAAGA